UGGACCAUUAUCCACAUUUAUCAUCAAAGAUUUGUACGAAGUCGGGUCGGGUCCAACUGCAGUGCGGGCCAUACAGUUUCGCCCAAUUUCAGCCUCAAAUCUUCAAGUGGGAAGAAACUGAAAAGUGAAAACAACUCCGCUGCUUAUCCAUUUUACAAUUAUACAGUGGCCAUGAAUGCUUGAGCCUGCAAUUCCAGUUUGAAUUUUCGGGUAGAUAUGAUUAUAAAGGGAAUUUUCAAGAGAUACGAGAGGUGGAAUCCCGUGCAUCCGACAUACGGAGCCUUUUGGGGUAUCGGAGUAGGCAUCGGCUGCGGCAUAGGUUGGGGCCCAGGCUUCGGCCCUGAAGUAAUCGGCUACGUCGGAGCUGGCUGUGGUGCCGGAUUUCACAUCGGGAUGACUUUGCUCGGCAUCGGCAUUGGCUUUCCCGCCAGUUAUCUACUUACAGUUCCUCACAGUGCUUUUAUGGCGACAAAGAAAGGCGCACUCGAUUUUGCUCAAACCGGGAUUCGGAAUGGAAGCAGAAGUAGUAGUGCAGGAGAUGGGUGGGAUGAAAUUAAUUCACAUAAUAUUCCCGGUGUAGGUCAAAGUCAAAGCGCAUCGUUUUCAGGUUUCGAGUACGAUAAUUCGACGGAGAACCAAAGAAGUUUGGCUUACGUGAAGAGCAUGUUGGUUCCCCGGGCUGAACAUAUUACCGGCUGUUUGCAAAGAGUCAGUGGCGGCUUCUUUCCUAGGGAUAGAGGUUCUAAGAGCUGACUAGACGACCCUUAUACGUUUCCAUUCUGCAGAGAUGAAAAUCAAUUUAAUGCAACAUUCUAGUUGCUAGGAAACGAAUCUCGGAAAUGGGGGCAGAAUUGGAGCGGCCCCCAUUGCUACUAGGGCUAGGAGAAUGAGUCUCCGAGCGGUGAUGGCGAUUUUGUAAUUUAUACUCUCCAUACUCGUCAUCAAAGUGAUUGCGAUUUUUUAAUGUAUAAUCUUCGUGAUACUCCCCAAAGUCGUGAUCAUCCUACAAAAAAACCCAAUUUCGAUUUCGAGUGUAAUGCAUAAAAUCCAUAGGGGUAGUACUCUCCGAACCCGUUAUCAGACUCACAAUCGUCGUUGAAGUAAUUCAAUUUUGGAUCUCCAAA